AUGGCUGACACACGCAACGUGACAGAAUUUAUUUUCCUGGGACUUUCUCCCAAUCGGGACGUGCAGAAAGUUUGCUUUAUGCACUUCUUUGCUGGCACUGAGAUUUUCCUGCUCACCGUGAUGGCCUACGACCGCUACGCGGCCAUCUGCAAGCCCCUGCACUACACCACCAUCAUGAACCGGCAGGUGUGUGCCAUCCUGGCGGGAGUAGCGUGGGCGGGGGGCGUUGUGCAUUCCUUGGCUCAAAUCCUUCUCAUCUUCCGCUUGCCUUUCUGUGGCCCCAAUGUGAUUGACCACUAUUUCUGUGAUGUGCUUCCUCUGCUCAAACUUGCCUGUUCUGACACCUUCCUCAUUGGUCUCCUGAUUGUUGCUAAUGGGGGGACCCUGUCUGUGAUCAGCUUUGUGGUCCUGGUAGCCUCCUACAUGGUCAUUUUGCUCCAUGUGAAGAAACAAAGCUCUGAGGGGCGGUGCAAGGCCCUCUCCACCUGUGGGUCCCAUAUCACUGUGGUCACUUUGUUCUUUGGGCCCUGCAUCUUCAUCUAUCUGAGGACCUCUACCACUCUGCCUGUGGACAAGAUGGUGGCUGUGUUUUAUACAGUGAUCACCCCACUCCUCAACCCUGUUAUCUACUCCUUUAGAAAUGCUGAAGUGAAGAAGGCCAUGAGGAGGCUGUGGAUCAGGACAAUGAAACUAUGUGAGAAAUAG